UGCCUUUGAGGACCUUGCAGUGCCUUCUCUGGGUGUGCCGGCUAGAUAAUCAUCUUUCUGACCGGCUGCACACGUCUCUGCGCAUCUCAGCGGAAACGCGAGGGCCAGGGCAGUAAGUGACAUAUUUAAAAUUGGUGACAUGAAAUAAACAAUGCUGUUUUCAGAGGAAGAUCACAAAUUCAAAUACAUGGAAGAGAGACAUUCCCAAACUCUUUGAUUCUUGCGUUCGUUGCUGAAAAUGGGCCCAAUAGAUGCAGAAGCUGAUGAGAACCAGACAGUGGAAGAAGCGAAAGUGGAGCAGUAUGGCUCAGGGCGAACCACUCCUAGGGGUGAGCUGGCCCCGGAUCCUGAGCCAGAGCUUAUAGACAGCACCAAGCUGAUUGAGGUACAGAUUGUCCUCAUAUUGGCCUAUUGCUCCAUCAUCUUGCUUGGGGUGAUUGGCAACUCCUUGGUGAUCCAUGUGGUGAUCAAAUUCAAGAGCAUGCGCACGGUAACCAACUUUUUUAUUGCCAAUCUGGCUGUGGCAGAUCUUCUGGUGAACACAUUGUGCUUGCCAUUCACUCUUACCUACACCUUAAUGGGGGAGUGGAAAAUGGGUCCAGUCUUAUGCCACCUAGUACCCUAUGCCCAGGGCCUGGCAGUACAAGUGUCCACAAUCACCUUGACAGUAAUUGCCCUGGACCGGCAUCGUUGCAUCGUCUACCACCUGGAGAGCAAGAUCUCUAAGCAAAUCAGCUUCCUGGUUAUUGGCUUGGCCUGGGGCAUCAGCGCCCUGCUAGCAAGCCCCUUGGCCAUCUUCCGUGAAUAUUCACUCAUUGAGAUUAUUCCUGACUUUGCAAUUGUGGCCUGUACAGAGAAGUGGCCUGGUGAGGAGAAGAGCAUGUAUGGCACUGUCUACAGUCUUUCCUCUUUGUUAAUCCUGUAUGUCUUGCCUCUGGGUAUCAUAUCUUUUUCCUACAUGCGUAUCUGGAAUAAACUUAAGAACCAUGUUAGCCCUGGAGCUGCUAAUGAUCACUAUCAUCAGCGGAGGCAAAAGACUACCAAAAUGCUGGUGUGCGUGGUGGUGGUGUUUGCUGUCAGCUGGUUGCCUCUCCAUGCCUUCCAACUUGCUGUUGACAUUGAUAACCAGGUCCUGGACCUGAAAGAGUACAAACUCAUCUUCACCGUGUUCCACAUCAUCGCCAUGUGCUCCACCUUUGCCAACCCCCUUCUCUAUGGCUGGAUGAACAGCAACUACAGAAAGGCUUUCCUCUCAGCUUUCCGCUGUGAGCAGAGGUUGGACGCCAUUCACUCUGAAAUGUCUGUAACAUUCAAGGCAAAAAAGAACCUGGAAGUCAAAAAGAACAAUGGACCCAAUGAUCCUUUCACAGAGGCUACCAACGUCUAAGGAAGCUCCGGUGUGAAAAUUUAUGGUUGAAUUCUGACCAGAGCUACAAAUCCAGUUGAGGAAGGCUCCCAGGUGCAUCCUGAUUUCCCAUUUUAAGGAAGAAAAAGAGCAUCUGAAUGGUAGCAGCUGCGAUGUAAUAAGUGGAAAUCUGGUUGGCACAGCCUAGGUAAAAGCAUGCAUAUUCAAAGAUAAGGCAACAAAAUAGAUAACUUACAGUUGCUUGGAUGGUAAGCUGAAUAAGUAAAAGCAGAGAGAAAUGCUUGUGCCUCUCCCAGAAUGAAGGAAACCUGAAUGAAUAACUGGCAUUAUCAGCAUCGCUAAAAGGUGGUUGGUGAAUAAGUUGACUUUCAAAUCACAUUGGGCAGUAGAUUGAGGAUGAUGUAUAAUUCACUGCUUCCUGCUCAUUUGAUGAAAAGAUGACCAAAUACCAAUUUCUCUAGGGAGCCAUAGGCUCUCCUUUAUUGUGUUUUGUUGUUUUAAUGAUUUUUCCUAUCAACUAAAUCUAUCAGAGAAUGCUGCAGGUAAAUGUUAUCAACUAUUUGAAUGCCUUCAAGGAAAUAAACUGAAAUUUGCUAUAUAAUUUGUAUUUCGGCAAAUGAUGAGAGAAAUCUUUAAUACUCAGUUAGCCAAUUGUUCUUAAAACCAGAUGCACGUUUAGUGAAAAGUAUUUUUUUAACUCAGAAUCAAAGAUUGAAAUGCUCAGAAUUACAAAAAUGUAAACCAUCAUUUAACUUCUCAUUUCAAAUUGUUCCUGUUUUAUAUGGAUACUAUUUAGAUAAAAAGUAAGCAUACAACAUAAUAUAUUUCAGUCACUUAAUUAAUUAACAUUAAUUAUUAUAACUUUUUGAACAUAUUCCUAUGUCGGCGCUGAGUUUAUCUUCACUAAAGAUUAAAUCAGAUUGUAAAAUAAUUUCUGUGGAAUUUUGUAACAUUUUGUUUUCAUUGUAAGUAGUUUUUGCACAGGCACGUAGCUCUAAUGAAUACUGUAGUGGUUUUUUUUUUUUUGGAAAUUCAACUUUAAUGGACUCACUUAUGAUUAAUAAAACAGCAUAGUUUCAUCUGGUAAGAAGUAUGAAAAACAUUGGAUUCAUACUACCUUGCAAAUGUUCUAUUUCGACCAAUUUCAACAUAAAUUAUACUCUUCUCAAAAUUAUUAGCUGCAUUAUUUGGAUAACUUAUGAAAAUAUGCAUAAUAAAAUUAUACCUAUAAAUAGUGGGACAUAGAUACUACAGUAUUUUUUAUUUAAUGAUUUUACGAAUAUAAUUUUUAUUUAAAUAAUACCCAACCAAGAUGCCUAAAACCCUAUUGUGUUCAUGAAAGAUAAUUAAGAUGUUAAACUAAUUAUACUUCUUCAGAUGCUGUUAAGGAAGUUUCAUGGCAAUCGUAUUUUUGUAAGUAUGCCUGAAUUUGUGAAUAAAUUCCUUAAAUUUUAAAUAAAUUCAACAUGAGUAUUACAUUUAGUUACAAACAUUAACUUUUUGAACUGGAGAGUUUCACUUUAAAGAUAUAUUUAAAAUUUAUACUAUGGCUCUGAUUGAGAUACUUUCAUGUUAGAAAUAAAAGACUGGUCUUGAAGUGGACAGCACUUUUGGAAUACAGAAAAAGAAUGAAACCAAUAGAAUUUAGAUUAGAUGGAAGACUGAUUAAGAAGCAUCCAAAAAUACUGUAUAUCUAUAAUAUAUCGUAUAAUUGAAGAAUUCAUUUUUCUGUUAUACUUGACGUAACUGUCCAAGAAGUGUUUUGUCCUUUAUAUAGCAAUUACUUUGUGUAAGAUGCUAAUAGAAAAUUGUGGUUAAAGUUUUUUAAUUCUUUUCUUUUAGAGAAUUCUUAUACUAUAGGAAAUAUAUGUGCUACUGUAUUAUCUGUGGUAGUAGUAAAUCAUUAGAAUUUAAUUAAUAACCCAAUUAAUAUAUAUGAUCUAACUGAUUCUGUUAACUCAAAAUAUCUUUUUACACAGUGAUUUUAUCUGUUAAAAUAAAAAGAAUUGGGAAACAAGAAAAA